UCAGUGCGCACGGCUGUGAGAGUUAGUAAACGCAGGACUGUCGGUGUGUGUGUGUGUGUGUGUGUGUGUGUGUGUGUGUGUGUGUGUGUGUGAGAGAGAGAGAGAGAGAGAGAGAGAGAGAGAGAGAGAGAGAGAGAGAGAGAGAGAGAGAGACAUGCCAAUAUGAAUAAGUUUGGUUCGUUCAAUAACUUCGGGAAGCGCGUGAAACCGGCGCUUACUCACGGUGAGCAGGUGUGCAUGAUCGAGUGCGCGCCCCCGUGUCCGUGCCGCACGUCCCCGCCGUGUGUCUGUCCAUCGUCAAGAGGAAGAGACGGACUGGAGGAACUGAAGGAAAAUGGAGGUCCAUGUGAGACCGGAGUCUCCAACACUCAUGCCUUCGAUAAUCUUGCCUAUGUGGCAGGAAGUCUCAGUGAACUUCAACCAAAUUUUGGCCAGAUUUCUCAGCUAACUCUAACUUUAACUAGUGGCCCUUCUUGCCCAGACAGCACUCAUGCCCUCCAUACACGUCUCUCCGCACUCAGCGGUGUAGCCGACAUGUUUAUUCCCCACUCCGGUGGCCGAGCAUGGGUAGGCUACCAUCCUUUUACAGUCACGAGCAAAGAGAUCCUACAGGAGAUUCAGGGGAUGGGAUAUGGAGUGACAGAAGUGAACGAUACUCCUCAACCUGGAGAGUUAGCCCAGGAAGGGAUCUUGGUAAGGAUCAGAGUGGAAGGGAUGACGUGCCACUCAUGUGUACGUGCCAUCCAGGACCGGAUUGGAGCACUGCAAGGGGUUAAGGGUUUGAACGUAUCCCUAAGAGACAAGGAAGCUGUUAUAUGGUAUAACCCCAAACAAGUGAAGCCAGAAGAUCUACAAGAACACAUAAAGGACAUGGGCUUUGAUGCCUUUCUUAGUGAGACGGACUCGAGAUAUAUUUGUCUGAAGACAGUACAGUCUGAAUGGGUGGAGGUCAGGUUUGGUGUGGAAGGGAUGCACUGUGGGUCAUGUGUUAAAAACAUUACAGAGAGCUUAUCUGGAAUGCUGGGUGUCCAGGGCGUGUUGGUGUCUCUGGAAAGCAGAAGUGUGGAUUUUAAAUACGAUCCGUCUCUGGUUACCUUGGUCACAAUCAAAGCAGUCAUAGAGGAACUUCCUUUUGGGAAUUUUAAAGUAACUCCAGAAUUUCAGGAACAGAUUUCUAAUGGGUUUGUUCGCUCUCAAAUGUCUGGGGUUCAUUCUUUGGACAGCACUUCAUUCCAGAAAGCGAUGAUUACAAUAAAAGGCAUGACAUGUAACUCUUGUGUGCAGUCCAUAGAGGAAGUGAUAUCUCAGAGAACUGGUGUGCAAGCUAUUAAAGUUUAUUUAAAGGAAGAGAGAGGAAUAAUUACAUUUGACCCAAGAGUGACCUGUCCUGUUGAACUCAGGGAUGCCAUUGAGGACAUGGGCUUUGAGGCAUCCAUUGAACAAGAUUCUACCCUUAAAGACGUCUCACGCUCUAGACCGUCUUCGCGAAAAAGCACAUCCUCACACUUCAAGAGCAAAACCCCACCAAGACCUAUGCCCAAGACCCCCAGUUCAACAAGAAAUUAUGUUCCUGAAGAGGAAAGAACACAGAAAUGUUUUGUCCGGGUCACAGGGAUGACCUGCGCUUCAUGUGUGGCUAACAUUGAGAGAAAGCUGCACAAGCAUACAGGUAUUAAAUCUGUCCUCGUAGCCCUGAUGUCAGGUAAAGCUGAAAUCAGGUAUGACCCGGACCUUAUGGAUUCAGCACAGAUAGUUAAACUCAUCGCUGGACUGGGAUUUGGAGCAUCGUUAAUGGACGAGGGUGCAGUCAGCAACGGCCUUCUGGACCUUUCUGUGACCGGCAUGACGUGUGCUUCCUGUGUCCACAACAUCGAAACCAAACUCCGAAGCACAAACGGCAUUCUGGAGGCCACUGUUGCCUUGGCAACCGGCAAGGCUCGCGUUAAGUUCGAUCCCGAUGUGGUCGGGGCACGUGACAUCAUCCGAGUGAUCGAGGGUCUUGGGUUCGGCGUCUCCUUGAUAAAAAACAAUGCCCUAAGGAAAAAUGAUGGCUUGGAUCACCAGAAAGAGAUACGACUCUGGCGCCAGUCUUUCCUGUUCAAUCUGCUCUUCGGGAUCCCUGUCAUGGGUCUGAUGAUCUACAUGAUGGUGAUGGACAAGCAGCAUGAAGAACAUGGAGGAUCCUCGCCAGAAAUGCAGAACCUGCUGCCCGGACUCUCGCUCCUCAACCUGAUCUUUUUCCUGCUCUGUACCCCAGUUCAGAUCUUCGGAGGUCGAUACUUCUAUAUCCAAGCCUAUCGUUCUCUGAGACACGGUGUGGCCAACAUGGACGUGCUCAUCGUUCUGGCCACCACUAUUGCUUAUGUUUACUCCUGCGUGGUGCUGGGUGUAGCCAUGAGCGAAGCAACCAUGCAAAGUCCGGUCACUUUUUUUGACACGCCUCCCAUGCUGUUUGUGUUCAUUGCCCUUGGACGCUGGCUGGAGCACAUCGCCAAGAGUAAGACGUCGAAGGCUCUGGCUAAGCUCAUGUCUCUGCAGGCGACGGAUGCGACGAUAGUGACGCUGGGCCAUGACAACUCCAUCAUCAGCGAGGAGCAGAUCUCAGUGGAGCUGGUGCAGAGAGGAGACGUGGUUAAAGUGGCACCUGGUGGAAAGUUCCCCGUCGAUGGGAAAGUGAUCGAGGGAAACUCCAUGGCUGACGAGUCUCUGAUUACAGGAGAGCCCAUGCCGGUCAGGAAGAAACCUGGCAGCUGUGUGAUCGCUGGCUCGAUUAACGCUCACGGAGCUCUGCUAGUCGAGGCCACACAUGUAGGAGCAGAUACAACCCUCAGCCAGAUCGUUCGUUUGGUGGAGGAGGCACAGACUUCCAAGGCACCAAUCCAGCAAUUUGCAGACAAGCUGAGCGGAUACUUUGUCCCUUUCAUCGUCCUUGUCUCCGUGGCAACGCUGGCAGCGUGGCUCAUUAUUGGGGCUCUUGACUUUGACAUCGUGGCGAAGCAUUUUCCCGACUAUGAUAAGAAGAUUUCCCGGAUGGAGAUGGUGGUGCGUUUUGCCUUCCAGGCCUCCAUCACUGUUUUGUCUAUCGCCUGCCCCUGCUCUCUUGGCCUCGCGACCCCCACGGCAGUGAUGGUGGGCACCGGGGUCGGAGCGCAGAACGGCAUACUCAUCAAGGGAGGAGAGCCGCUCGAGAUGGCCCAUAAGAUCAGAGUGGUGAUGUUCGACAAAACAGGCACCAUCACCAACGGGGUGCCUCGUGUCACUCGGGUGCUAGUUCUGUGGGAUCAGGCACGUUUGCCUCUCCGGAAAGUUCUAGCCAUAGUGGGCACUGCAGAAGCCAGCAGCGAACACCCACUGGGCAUGGCGGUGGCCAAACACUGCAAAGAGGAGCUCAGCACAGAGACACUGGGUUUCUGCCAUGACUUCCAGGCUGUACCAGGGUGCGGGAUCGGUUGUAGAGUUUCCAACAUCGAGGCGCUCCUGGAAACCAACACAGAGACAGACAGCACACUAACAAACACACACGAUUCGGCUCGUCUCAACCUCCAGGGAGCCACGACGGAUGAGAGUAGCUUAGUCACAGAUGGAGACGUGGUUUCGGGAUCUUCCUCGUAUUCCGUCCUGAUUGGAAACAGGCAGUGGAUGCAGAGGAAUGGAUUACAGGUCACAGCAGACGUGGACGAAGCCAUGAGCAGCCAUGAGACGAAAGGACAAACAGCCAUUUUAGUGGCUAUAGAUGGUGUGCUGUGUGCCAUGCUGGCCAUAGCGGACACGGUGAAAGAGGAGUCGGCUCUGGCGGUACACACACUGAGCCGCAUGGGGAUUGAUGUUCUGAUGAUCACCGGAGACAACCAUCGCACUGCUAAAGCCAUCGCCACACAGGUUGGCAUCAGGAAAGUGUUUGCCGAGGUCUUGCCCUCUCACAAAGUGGCCAAAGUUCAGGAGCUGCAGGAAAAAGGGCUGAAGGUGGCCAUGGUGGGUGACGGUGUGAACGACUCACCCGCUCUCGCUCGUGCUGAUCUGGGCAUCGCGAUCGGCACCGGCACUGACGUGGCCAUCGAGGCCGCAGACAUUGUCCUCAUCCGGAAUGACCUGCUGGAUGUUGUGGCCAGCAUCGAGCUGUCCAAGAAGACAGUGAGAAGAAUCCGAAUCAACUUUGUGUUUGCUCUCAUUUACAACCUGCUCGGGAUCCCGAUCGCAGCCGGUGUGUUUAUGCCUGUGGGUUUGGUGCUCCAGCCGUGGAUGGGUUCAGCUGCCAUGGCUGCCUCCUCCGUGUCUGUUGUGCUCUCCUCUUUAAUGCUGCGCUGCUAUAAGAAGACGUCAGUGGAUCAGUACGAAUCGAGAGCUCACGGGCGCAUGUGCAGUCUGAGGUCGUCUCAGGUCAGCACUCAUGUGGGGCUGGAGGAGAAGCGGUGCAGCCCUCCGACACUUCGCCGCAGCCGCUCCAGACUCUCUCGGUCUUCGUCUCAGACCUCCAGAUCCGAUCGAGCGCAUGCCGAGACCGAUCGCCACUCUCUCCUCGAGCACGAUCAGUGCAGCCAGGAAUUUAUGGUGUAGGAGGUCACAAACUGCCAUUAUACUGUAGAGCCUUAGAUACAGAUAUUUAUUGUAAAGCAGAAACAGACCUCGAAUCAGCGCAAAAUACCGGGUGAAUACGAACACUGGGUUUUUUCAUUCAUUCAUUCAUUCAUUCAUUUCUACCGCUUAUCCGAACUUCUCGGGUCACGGGGAGCCUGUGCCUAUCUCAGGCGUCAUCGGGCAUCGAGGCAGGAUACACCCUGGACGGAGUGCCAACCCAUCACAGGGCACACACACUCUCAUUCACUCACACACUCACACACAAUUUUCCAGAGAUGCCAAUCAACCUACCAUGCAUGUCUUUGGACCGGGGGAGGAAACCGGAGUACCCGGAGGAAACCCCCGAGACAAGGGAAGAACAUGCAAAUUCCACACACACAAGGCGGAGGCGGGAAUCGAACCCCCAACCCUGGAGGUAUGAGGCGAACAUGCUAACCACUAAGCCACCGUGCGACCGUCCUGGUUUUUUUAUUCAGUAAAAUAUUCACAUUAGAGAAAGGAUGGAUUUAAACCCCACAUACCUGGGUUUCUUGCAGGUGGGAAAUGUCCCCGGGUCUUAAAAGAGCUUCACUGUGAGAAACUGAACAUAUAGAGCUAACUAGCAAGCUACAGUGGCCUCGUUCUAAUGUCAUUGUCAUGUAAAUAUGUUUACACAAGCAGAAUUUUGCCCUGGUUCAUUACUCUCUCAGCUGCUAAUUAUUAAAGGUCUGUGUGUGUGUGUGUGUGUGUGUGUGUGUGUGUGUGUGUGUGUGUGUGUGUGGGCAAGUAUCAAAUUAUAACAUAACUCAGAGGAAUAUGUUGUACUCUCUAGAUGGGAAGAAGACAGUUCUGAGUAUGUUGCAAGCUCUACUGCGCUGUACUGUACUGUUCCAUACUACACCAUACUAACAUA